AAAUGGAAUGUUGCGCAGGACCCAAUCAUCGCUGGCGCGCACCUAUCCAGGUUCCCCAAAACCGAUGGCAAGAGCGCCCCUAAAACCUGCGACGCCCGCAGUGUCGUUCCUAUUUCUGCUCUUCAGUCUGCCUGCGUCCUCCCGCGUGCAUCUCCCUUCCUGCUCCACGUACUACUCGUACUAAUUGCAGCUUCUUACACUCUUUUGUCCAGGCUCGCGCCUGCUUUAUUCUGCAACUCUCGCUCACGCUUUUGUUUGUUUCGCACAACUCUCGCUCCACCCUAAUAUCCUGACUUACCCAAACUCACAAUGAAGACCUCCGCCAUCACCGUGGCCAUCCUCGCCGCCGGUGCCGCGGCCACUCCGGCUGCGCCAUUGGCGCCGCGUGCUUCGUCGUUGCCCACUGUCUCCAUCAAGGGAAAUGCCUUUUUCGCUGGCGGAAAGCGUUUCUACAUCCGUGGUGUCGACUACCAGCCCGGGGGCUCGUCCGCCAACGAGGAUCCCAUUGCCAAUGCCGAGACGUGCAAGCGUGACGUCGCCAAGUUCAAGGAGCUUGGCCUGAACACCAUCCGUGUCUACACCGUCGACAACUCCAAGAACCACGAUGAGUGCAUGCAGGCACUUUCCGAUGCCGGCAUCUACCUGGCACUGGACGUCAACAACCCCAAUUACUCCAUCAAUCGUGCGAAGCCCGCCAAGUCGUACAACAAGGUCUACCUGCAGAGCGUUUUCGCUACCAUCGAUGCAUUCCAGAAGUACGACAACACGCUCAUGUUCUUCUCCGGAAACGAGGUGAUCAAUGAUGACAAGACGACCGAGUGUGCUCCUUAUGUCAAGGCCACAGACCGUGACAUGAGGUCAUACAUCAACGCUCGUGGUUACCGCAAGAUCCCCGUCGGUUACUCAGCCGCCGAUGUCUCCGAGAACCGCAUGCAGAUGGCUGCGUACAUGAACUGUGGUCCCGAUGGCGCGCGUAGCGACUUCUUUGCCUUCAACGACUACUCCUGGUGUGAUCCUAACACUUUUGAGAAGACUGAUUGGGGCAUGAAGGCUAAGAACUUCUCUGACUACAGCAUUCCUCUCUUCCUCUCUGAGUACGGCUGCAAGACCAACACCCGUACUUUCAAUGCCGUCAGCGCUCUCUACGACACCUCCAAGAUGACCCCGGUCUACUCUGGUGGCUUGGUCUACGAGUAUUCCGAGGAAGCUGACAAUGCUGGCUUUGGAUUGGUCAAGAUCACGAGCUCCACUGAGGUCGAAGACAAGGACGACUUCACCGCUCUCAAGAAGGCCCUAUCCAACACCCCGGCUCCUACCGGAGAUGGUGGAUAUAAGACCGACGGCAAGAUCUCCGAGUGCCCACAAAAGUCCUCCACCUGGGACGUCGAUCUCAAGGACGACGAGCUGCCCGCUACGCCUGACGGUGUUUCGGACUACAUGAAGAACGGUGCCGGCAAGGCCCCUGGCCUUACGGGCGGCAGCCAGGACGCUGGUUCCGACAAGGUCGACACUGCUCCUGCUGCCUCUGGCGCUGUUACUUCUGGUGCUUCCGAGACCGGUGGCGCCUCCAAGCCCACAGACAGCAAGGGUGCCGCUGCUGGUCCUCUUGCGCCUGAAUUCUCUUUCGCACCUAUUGCGUGCGGCCUAGUGGUCUUGGUUUCCUCCCUAUUCGGUGGAUCCCUUCUUUUGUAAAGUCAGCGUGCCGCGUCCGAGGGUCUGUCAUGAUCAGCGACCCACGGCUCGAGCUGCUACUAUAUGGUCACCUUUCUUUGCGGUAAUCAGUUCAUGGAUCUCGUUCGGCGUUUGCCAGUUUUUCUGGUCGGGCUGGCUGGCGUUUUGAUAGAACAUCAUGUACACUUUGCAUAGUACAUAAUAGUAAGGCAGUUCUGAAUGUUACAUGUUACCUUCGUA